AUGAAAAGACACGUGUCUUUAUCUGACAUAUUGACAGGCAACAAGAAAAAAGUAAAAAGACAAGAUACUCUUCAGAUUACCAUUGAUGAGGAUAAUGAUACUAAACCUGGUACUUUCAAUGCCAAAACGACCAAUCAUGUCAACUCUCCAGUAAUACUUCUGAAUCACUCUAUGGUCAAGCCAAUUGACGCCACGCCCACUACUCACCUCUCUGCCAAAGAGUUUUUGAUGAUGAAACACGCCAAAGAAAAAAGCGAUGAUACCAACGAUGAUCUUAUUGUCAUCGAUGAAAAUGUCUCUAAACAUGCGAAAGUUGUUUCUUCACCAGAACAGGAUGAUGAUAUUGCUAUAAUAUCCACAUCAAGAAUAAAAUCAUCGCUGCUUAUCGAACGAGCUGCAAGACUAAAAAAUCUACUCAAGCAUGAAGCAAUAGAUACUUCGAAGAGAUUUAAUAGCAUUUCCAAACUAAAAGAAAUUGAGCCACCACUAUCACCGUGUCAAUCAUUUCACCCAGAUGAUGAUUUGGAUUUAUUAUAUGAGUCUGUUGAAAUACCACUCCUUUCCCGCACAAUACCGUCACUAGAACACCAUUUCACUCCGCAUGAUUAUGAAACACUCAGUAAAGGUAAGAAGUUGACCGCCUCUACCCCGGUCCGUUACCAAACUUCUAAAUUAUUUGACACAAAUGUCAAGAGAAACAAAAACGUAUGGCCACAACUAUUCAAGCCAGCUACAUUAAAGCAAGUUUUGAUUGAACCUAAAUCAAAAUCGCAAAUAAAAAAUUGGAUUGAAACAUCUUUCCACAUACUAGAGAAGCCUACCGCAAGAAAUCGUUUAUUAAACAUAUUAAGACCCAACAAACAACAAGGGAUUGACGACGAAAUUGCUAGUUUUAUCGUACCUGACUUCGAAGAAAACGAAAAGUUACGCAUAGAUUCCCACGAAGAUGGCGAAAUAAAUCCUAAUUUGCGUGAAUUUGUGCCCUUAAUGAUCAUACAUGGUAACGCGAUAGGAAAGAAGACACUGGUACAAACAAUCAUGAAAGAAGUUGCCGGUGAUGAUAACUCGUACCAAAUAUUUGAAGUAAAUGCAAACAUGAACAGGAGUAGGAAAGAUCUAUUUGAAACUCUACUAGAUUUCACAACUACACAUUAUGUCAAGGACUCUUCGAAGAGGAAAUCCGAUUAUGGGCUCGUACUAUUCAAUGACGUUGAUGUAUUAUUUAAGGAACAUGACAAAGGAUUUUGGUCAAUGAUCAACAAACUCUGCGAAUUCUCAAGGAGACCUCUGGUAUUGGUCUGUACUGAUUUGUCAUUUGUCCCUAAUGAGUUUAUUACCUUGGCAAGCGAGCAAGACUCUUUAUUUCAUACUAAGAAAAUUAGUUCAUCUACGAUUCAUGCAUUUUUAGCAAAAUAUAUGAAAUCGUUACAAAUAGAAGUUUGCGACAAUUGGCUUCAAGAUAUGAUAAGACAAAAUAACGCGGACAUUAGAAAAUGCUUAAUGUGUUUACAGUUUUGGUGCGUUGAUACCGAGAGUGAUUUGAUACUAUACAAGAACGAACCGCCGGCUUCAACAUCAAUGUGCGGUUUGAGUAUUGAAGAAAUGUUAAAAAUAACAGAAAUAUUAUCCCUAAACGAUGUCGUUGGCCAAGCAACGCAAAAUCACUCAAUGAUAAGACAGGAAGUAGAUUCCACUAUAAUGACACCAGAAAACAUUUGUGCUUUCCAAGAUCCAAACAUGGAUGAUGAAGCGAAACUAAAAGCUGAUUACAUGAUAGAUUAUAAACUGCAUUUAAACGACCUCAAUAAGCAGAAAUUAUUACCAUUCGAAUUGAAUGUUUACCAAUAUAUCCAAGAACUACUGGAAGCCCACUUUCAUUACAAUCAGGAGUUGUCACCAAAGCUUGACGACGAGUUGCUUAUUAAUAAGUUCAAAAAAAUGACUGGAUCUACAAUAAAUUUUCUAGCCUCUAGGGUACCGAAAUAUGACCAAUUACAGUCAACAAGAAGAACAAGAAACUCUAAAAAAAUUUCUGACAUCCUGGACCAAUUCAGGGGAAUUUAUAAUGUCGAUACUCUAGACGAAGAUGUCGAGUUUCAUAUGUUAAGCAGCACUACCCAAAAAAUGAGAGCAGAAAUCAAUCCCUACGUUUUCGAAAUCGCCAAAAGUGAUGCCAACGCCAAGAAUGAAAACAAACAAAUAUUUAAGUGUCAUAGCGGCAACGUAUCAGAAAGACGACACAAGGACUUGAUCUACCAGCUAUCACAAGAUGGAAUCUUGAGAAAUAUUUGGUUUAAAGCUGAUCCAAACAUAGUGGUAAGUAAUUGGAACCAUUUUCGUUCAGCAAUUUCGAAACACAAAUAA